AUGCCACCAACCGAAUCCACAAUCCUGACCAACUUCCUCCUCCCUCCCGCCUCUCUCCCAACGAUCAUCUCUCUCCAAUCCUUUACAUCCCUCUUUCCUCGCUCUCAACAAUCAUCCCCUGCAAUCCGCACCCUCUAUCGAGAUCUCCAACAUCAGCGCGCACAAUUAGUCGAUAAAGUUACUGCGAACAUCGAACAAGAAGUACGACGUGGAAAAGCAAUGGAAAGAGCUGUUGUAAGGGGUCGAAGACAAGAUGAGAGAACUGCGCAAGACGACGAGGUGGACAUUGAACGUGCUCUUUUCCACCAAACCCAAAACCUCCCCCACUCAAUACCUCACUCCCUGCACUCCAUCAUCCCAGCCCUCAGCUCCGCAGUCGAAGACCUAGAAGAUGAGAUCGCACGCCUAGAUACAGAAGCCGAAGAACUAGUUGCUGAAAUGCAGAAUACAGUUGGUGGGUUAAGUGAUUUGCGCUAUGGACGAUUGGCAAAUACAGGAUUAAGGGCGCAGGUACUAGAGGGAUUGGAAAGAGUCGAGGAGGCUGCGGGAGGAAAGUGA